AUGGCGGACAGGGAGGAAUGCGAAAGGAUAGGGUGGGUAUUGUUGGAUCUGCACUACCGGGCAGUCAACGACCAAUUUCCCGAAGCGAGAGCUACCACGUACUUGGACGAGUUGCAUCUUCCCGACAACGACGACCCAUACAGGGCUCUUGUUUUCCCUAAACUUGAGAUUUCCUUCAGAGAUGAUGAGCCCAGAGAUGAUGACAACCCAUACUCGAUUGUAGUGCGAAACAACAACACCUGGCACCGUGUCGAACGUGACCUUUUCCAUACCAUCUUGGAAUUCUCCCGCGCCGAAAUCGGCAUCGAGCUCGCCCUAGAUGUGGCCAAAGCUGCAGUAAUCCAUUCCCGAGAUGCAGAAGUAGAUAUGUGGGGCAACAGGAUUGCCGACCUUCUCGUGGACCAGAUGGGCGAGUUUCUGGCAGUUACUUGGAUGGAUAAAUCAUGGGACCUGGCGCGCAACAGAGGGUCAGGACAAGACGCCGACCCGCGCACGAUGCCCAUGAACGAAUUGAUCUUCCAGACUUUUCGAGAGCUCGUGGGAUCGGACCGAGAAGUUGGAGUGAGCACAACAUGCAACCUCAAAGGCAUAUUCGUCAUAGCGAUCAAAAACGAAGAGUUCAGCGACAUUGUCGAAGCCCACUACGACAGGGCCGAGUUGGGAUUCCAGGGCAAGUCGUUUGGGAUUGGAGUGCCCGACGAGCAGGAGGGUCUAUACCAGCUUUUGGGAACGAGGGUGCUCGCGGUUUUCGCUCGGUUCCUCAUCAACCACCACGGCGCCACGGGCAACAGGUCCAUUUGUCAAGUCACCGUCAGACCAUCAUCUUUGGGGGAUGACCAUUGGAAUGUGCUAAUCACGAUGGGCAGGAGACCGAAAUGA